UUUUAACUUCUUUCAUAAUAUCAAGAAGACAUUUGGAGUCAAAUAAAUCCCCCUCCUCAGUUACACAAAAUCAAAAAUGGCACAUAGUUGGCAGACAGACCCAAAUCGCAUCGAGCCACAGGAAGGUGGAUAUGGUCAGCAACCAUUUCACCAUGCAAACCAGCACCUUUCUUCUAGGCAAGUCAGAUUGGGUUUUGACCAGCUAGUGGAAGAGAUCAGUAAUAAAACUCCACUGUGUGACAGUGAAAAAGAAGAAAAUGUGUUUUUUGUGUCAGAUGCAUCAAGCUUGGGAUCAACGUGGCAAUCCAUAUAUGGAGCACACCCAAGACACUUGAGUGAAUUCACUUCUCAGAGCCCUGAAUUCUCACAGCUUCCGUUUGGGAAAGCAUCAGCCAUUGGUUUUAAUCCGGUUGUGUUACCUACACAUGAGAUCAUUGAUGAGGGGGCCUCCUGGAGAAAUCCCACAGGAAAAUAUUAUGGCGCUCAGGAUCUCAGGCUCAAAGCUCCAACUCCAUCAUCCACUAGGCCGGAUAAGUAUAACCCACAAGGACAAUCAGGAAAUGAAUGUCAUGACUGCUAUAUAGAAUCCGAAGGCAGCAUCCUCCCUCAUUAUUCAUCCUGCUCAAUGGAGAAAGAAGGAAGUGGAGAUGCGAACCUUGCAGAACCUUCACUGCUGGUCUCUAAAGAUGCCUCUCUACCCAGGGCAUGGAACAGUGUGUCACUAGACAACACAGAGACAGUUGGUUUUCCCAUUGAAAUAGUUGAAGUACCCCAAGGGAGUAACAAGAGCCUGGCCUCCUUCUGUAACAGAGUAAGAAAAAUAAGAGAAAUGUAUCAUUCAAGUGACAUGAAUUCCAAUUCUGGGAGGAUCUGGGCCAUCGCUACAGCCUAUCCACCUCAGCUCUUCACGGACACCAAGUUCAGAGUUAGUAUCCGUACGAAUAUCUCAGCACAACCCCUUCUUCUUCUGCCACAUGCUAAUUAUCUUGUCAAAGACCUAAUUGCUGAAAUUCUGCUUUUAUGUGCAAAUGAGCAGCUUUCCCCUCAAGAGUAUCUUCUAAGUAUAUGUGGUUCUGAAGAAUUUUUACAGAUGGAUCACUGUCUAGGGAACCACAAAGUAUUUCAGAAAAAUAAGUCUGUUAUUCAACUUCAUCUUCAGAAAAACAGGGGUGUUCCAGGAAAAUUAUCCCGGAAGAAUGAAGAUGACCACAGUCAGUUUCAUCUAAACCAAAUCCUAGCAUUUACACAUAUUUGGAAAAUAUCCAGACAAUGCCUCUCCACAGUAAUGAAAAAAUACACCUCCCACGUCAAACACCUGUUGAAAAUCCAGGAAGAUUUGGAGGAGAGACAUUUGUUAUCCAUGUUUUCCAGUGCUUCAAAAACUCUUCAGCCACGUGUGAACAAUAUUGUUGAAGAAGUUAAAAAUAUAUGCAGUGUUCUGGGAUGUGUUGAGACCAAACAAAUUUCAGAUGCAGUAAAAGAACUAAAAGUAACUCUGGAGAGACAAUCACAGAAUUUUCUUCAGAAGACAGAGACUUCAAAUAAAGGCGUCAUAGAGAAAGUGACAGCUGAACUAUCAAGGUCCAUCUAUCAGCUAAUUGAAGUGUACUGCAGUAGCUUUUGUACAGAUUUCCAGCCUGUGCACACACCUGGAGGCACCUCCUGCAUCCACGUUGGGCUCCAUUCCCACUUGAGUUUCACAGUGUGCACCCUGCACAAUGUUCCAGAGAUGUGGGCACACAGCUACAAAGCAUUUUCGUUUUCCUGCUGGCUCACAUACGCUGGCAAGAAGCUGUGCCAAGUGAAAAGCUGCAGACCCAUGCCAGUCACAAAAUCGUUCUUUCUUUUGGUCAACUGGAAUGAAAUAAUUAAUUUUCCUCUUGAAAUAAAGUCACUUCCAAGAGAAUCCAUGCUCAUUAUAAAACUGUUUGGGAUUGACUCUGCCACCCACUGUGCAAAUCUGCUGGCCUGGACCUGCUUUCCACUGUUUCCAAAAGAAAAGUCUAUGCUGGGGUCUAGACUAUUCAGUAUGACACUACAGAGUGAGCCUCCCAUGGAAAUGAUAGCUCCGGGAGUAUGGGAUGGGAGCCAACCUACGCCACUGACACUGCAGAUAUCUUUUCCAGCUGCCGGGUACGAGUAUAUGAAGCCUGAUUUUGAAGAGGGCAGAACUGACCGCGAAGAGCCACCAAGAGAGUGUUUAAAGCACAUCGCCAGACUUUCCAAGAAGCAGUCUCCUGUGCUGCUUUCUGAGGAAAAGAGAAGAUAUUUGUGGUUUUAUCGUUUCUACUGCAACAAUGAAAACUCCUCCCUCCCUCUGGUCCUGGGUAGCGCCCCUGGAUGGGAUGAAGGCACAAUUUCUGAAGUGCAUGCCAUCUUGAGAAGGUGGACAUUUUCUCACCCUUUGGAAGCGCUUGGUCUUUUGACUUCCAGUUUUCCAGACCAAGACAUUCGUGAAGUGGCCAUUCAACAAUUAGACAAACUCUUGACUGAUGAACUGCUUGAGUGCCUCCCACAGCUGGUUCAGGCUGUCAAGUUUGAGUGGAGUCUUGAAAGUCCCUUGGUGGAACUUCUGCUUCGUCGCUCCUUACAAAGCAUCCGGGUGUCCCACCGUCUGUACUGGCUGCUACAGGAUGCACAAGGCGAAGCCUGCUUUAAACACUGGUAUCCACAGCUCUUGGUCGCUCUCCAGUUCUGCGCAGGAGAAGCCCUGAAUGAGGAGCUUUCCAAGGAGCGGAAACUUGUCAAACUCUUGGGUGAUAUUGGAGAGAAAGUCAAGUCGGCCAGUGACCCUCAGAGACAGGGUGUACUAAAGAAAGAGAUUGGUAUUCUAGAAGAAUUCUUUAAAGAUAUAAAGAGUUGUCAUCUUCCUCUGAACCCAGCCCUGUGCAUUAAAGGAAUUGAUCGGGGUGCAUGUUCAUAUUUCACAUCUAACGCAUUGCCAUUGAAGAUUACUUUCGUCAAUGCUAAUCCAAUGGGCAAAAACAUCAGUGUUAUUUUUAAGGCUGGGGACGAUCUUCGGCAGGAUAUGCUUGUUCUGCAGAUUAUUCAAGUGAUGGACAACAUUUGGCUGCAGGACGGCCUAGAUAUGCAAAUGAUCAUUUAUGGAUGUCUAUCCACAGGAAAAGCCCAAGGAUUGAUAGAGAUGGUGCCAGAUGCGGUAACACUUGCCAAGAUCCAUCUGCACUCUGGGCUGAUAGGACCACUAAAAGAAAACACCAUCAAGAAGUGGUUCAGUCAGCACAACCAACUGAAGGAAGAUUAUGAAAAGGCCUUGAGGAACUUUUUCCACUCUUGUGCUGGAUGGUGUGUGGUAACGUUCAUCUUGGGAGUCUGUGACCGACAUAAUGACAAUAUCAUGCUGACGAAGUCAGGCCACAUGUUUCAUAUUGACUUUGGAAAAUUCUUGGGCCAUGCACAAACAUUUGGUGGUAUAAAAAGGGACCGAGCCCCUUUUAUUUUUACUUCAGAGAUGGAAUACUUCAUUACCGAGGGUGGAAAAAACACACAGCGUUUCCAAGACUUUGUGGAGCUUUGCUGCAGAGCUUACAACAUUGUCAGAAGACACAGCCAGCUGAUCCUGAGCCUCCUGGAAAUGAUGCUGCAUGCAGGACUGCCAGAGCUAAGUGGAAUCGAAGACCUGAAAUAUGUAUAUAACAAUCUCCGUCCACAAGACACAGACCUGGAAGCCACAAGUUAUUUUACCAAGAAGAUAAAGGAAAGUCUGGAGUGUUUCCCAGUUAAGUUGAAUAACCUGAUCCACACACUAGCACAGAUGCCAGCCAUUAGCCUCGCCAAGCCUGCCCCUCAGACUCUUCUCCGGGAACCCUGCAUCCUGAAGAAAACCGGGACAAUUCAGAGAGUCGCAAUUUUAGGGUUCAGCAAGACCCAUAGCAACCUGUAUCUGAUCGAGGUGACACGUGGCAACAACAGGAAAAGCCUGACCAAAAAGUCAUUCGAGCAGUUUUACAAACUUCACAGCCAAAUUCAGAAGCAAUUCUCCUCGUUGGCUCUCCCAGAGUUUCCGCACUGGUGGCACUUACCUUUUACAGACUCGGAUCAUAAGAGGAUCAGAGAUCUAAGUCACUACGUGGACCAGAUCCUGCGCGGAUCUUAUGAAGUUGCAAAUAGUGAUUGUGUGCUUAGUUUUUUUCUAUCUGACAAUAUACAGACAACACUUGAAGACUCUCCAUUUGUGUACCCAGGUGACAAUCCUCCAGACAAGACCCCUAAGGUGCAGUUACUGAUGACACAUGAGGACGCGAAGCUCACCAUUCUACUGAAACACAUGAAAAACAUCCAUCUCCCAGAUGGCUCUGCGCCCAGUGCACAUGUUGAAAUUUAUCUUUUGCCACAUUCCAGUGACGUCCGUAGGAGAAAAACGAAGUCCAUUCCAAAAUGCACUGACCCCACUUACAAUGAGAUUAUGGUGUAUGAUGAAGUCUCAGAGCUCAAAGGCCACAUCUUAAUGCUUAUUGUGAAGAGCAAAACUGUAUUUGUGGGAGCAAUUAACAUUCAGCUCUGUAGUGUUCCCCUCAAUGAAGAGAAGUGGUACCCAUUAGGAAACAGUAUCAUCUGACCAAUGACAUAAGCAUAUGCAUUAUUGAGGAAGUACUUGCAUGAUUUUAGCUUCUAAUCCCUUCUAUCACAGAAGCAAGGCAUCGCUCUUGUGGAAGGCAGCUCAGAGCAGUGGUUCUCAGCCUUUCCGAUGCUGUGACCCUUCAAUACAGCUUCUCAUGUUGUGG